AUGAAUCCUAGUUGGAGAUAAAAGUUCGAAAAGGACAAAUAGUAUCCUAGACAUCCGAUGGCACAUAAAAAAGGCGGAGUUCACAUGAAUCAAGAGGACGAUACCAAGCUUUUUUCAGUUGCUGGUGCCAUGAUGAAAUAAAUUGGUAGCAAGAUAGCCAAGGGGGAUUUUAAUUUGGCUACCAUUCCUAAACCAAUCUGUCUGACAGCUCCCAUAACAUGCAACGAAUGUCUUCUUUUUGAUUUUGAUUAUACCAACCUUUAUCUAACAGAGGCUGCUAAAUGCAGAGAUGCUUUGAGGAGAAUGUAGUUGGUUGUGAUCAAUGAAAUCGCUUAUCUCCAUGGAACACACACUUAUUUGAGAUCAUUGGCUCCAAUCGACCCUAUGAUUGGAGAGACUUGUCACAGAAUAAAAGAGGAUGGAACUGAGUUUUAUUGUGAAUUUAUCAAGGCAGAUCCUCCCACCACUCUCUAUCAUGUUAUUGGAGAUGGUUGGCAGGUGUAUGGAGGUGAGGUGGUCCUUGCUGAAAUUCAUCCAACAUGUUCUCAAUUGAUUGGCAGAAACUUGAAGCCCAAGUACAUAAAGUUUAGUGAUGGGAAACUAUAUGAGAUCUCGGUGCCUGCCAUGAUUAUCAAUGGAUUGUUGAAGGGAGAUCGUGUACUCAACAAAUUGGAUGGUUUUGUAAUCAAGUGUGUUCAAGAUAAUUUGGAGGCUUAGGUCAGUUUUAGUUAUGUGUAUGAAGAUAGCACUACUAAGAUAAAAAAUAAGUUGAUGUUUUGGUCAUAAUCACAAUAAAAACCAAUUUCAGAUUUGGUUGAUGUUAAAAUAAACAAAUUAAUUAAUACUGAUGAUAAUAAUAAUAAUUAAAGUUUCACUGUUUCAACAGGAUCAGGAUCAUGGCUUUCCUACUUUUAAAUUGAUGGCGAUGUAUGUUGGAGAAUCGAUGAUCCAAUAUCUCCAUGGAAGGAACCUUCCAGUAUGAUACCAAGUGAUUCAGCAUUUAGAUAAGAUAAAAUACUUAUGCUUCAAGGAUAAGAUGAUGCUGCGUAAAUUGCGAGAAAUAGUAUUGAAAAGCAAGGACAAAAAGAUCUCAAUUAAAGAAAAAGGAGGAGAUGAGAUGAGUGUUUUUAUAUAUAACAUUAUUAUAUCAGUCAUUCUAAA